CUCAUUCUUCAAGUAAAAUAAUUUCUAAAUCGCGUUUCUGUAGCACCGCACCGCUGAGGAAAAAUGUCUCCUUCGGGAUGCCGUAGAAAAUAGGACCCAUUCGAGUGAAAAUGUUGAACAGCGGAAGAUUGCUGAAGGUGGCAUUGCCGCUGGCGUUACCCGGCUCACUGUACCUUGUGUCGGGACGUGUUUUCGCCGCCGGUGAGAAUGAUAAAAGCGAUUCCUCUCCGAUUACUGAUGAGCUCUCCCUGUAUACCACCCCACACUCUCCAGUGUACUCUGCGAAGGCAGAAGUGGGUCAUGUGGAGAAGACAGUGGCGUCGUUGAGGAAAUCAGCCGAGCCGUACACAGCAUGGUGUCAGGAAAAGACGUCAUAUGCCCUGAAUAAAGCGGAGGAGUAUUAUACAACCAUGGAGCCUGGAAUUAAUGCAUCUGUACAGACUGUGAGAGACACGUACGAGUUUCUAAUGAAUCCUCCGCCCGAGUUUUACCCAAGCGCCGGUGCUGUGGGUUUUUCCGCAAUCCUCGGCCUUUACCUUGCCAAUGGUGGCAGGGUAAAGCGUCUUCUCUUCCCCACUGGAUUGAUGGCUCUGAGCGCGUCCAUGUUCUACCCACAGCACACUGCAUCUCUGGCUAAGGAAACCAAAGACAAGAUAUACAGUUUGGCAUCACAGACACGUGUGUUCUUGGAGGACUUGUGGAAGAAUAAAUUACCUGGCAAACAGAAAUAAACAUUUCUUGGUGAAAGAAGAAUUAAGCAAAAGAAAGGUCUCCAUCUGAACAAGAUUUCACAAAGACGUAGUCAUUCCUGUCAGUCUGAUUCUGGUAUAAUCUCCAUCAUUCAGCAGUGGAUAUUCAGCCUAUAAAUCAAUUUAGCAUUUUUUUUCUACUGUAUUAAGUUACUUAAACUUAAUACAGUAUAACUUAGUUAUAUUUAUGUUUAUAGUAUUUAUCUAGAGUGUCCUAAAAAGAGGUCAAUAUUUAUAUAUAAAUAUACACAAAUUCACAUCGAGUGGGAUUGAUUGAUGGAGGAAUCAUUAUGAGCCCGGUAAUAAAUUUCUCCACACAACUUUGUGCUCAGAAUGGCAUCUUCUCUCUGUAAAUGUAUAUUUAUUAUUACUGAUGAGUGAAGAACUCAAUCCCAAUGACUUCAACCAAAACAGAAAUCCAGCAGCGACUAUAGAAACCGCAGUAAAUGUUUUUUCAUGGAUCUACAGAAUCAUUAGUCUGAUAUACAGACUGUUUUUCUAGACGUUGUUCUGUCGUUUAAUAGGUACAAUGUUCAUCUUUCUUAAAUGGACGACGCGACAGAAAGCCAAGACUUUUUACCAGAACUUUAAUUCUUCUCCCAAAAUUACCGUAACACACCCAAUAUAGGUUCCCAAGCGUGCUAUAUGCCUCAUAACAUUACCGUAAUGAACAUAAUACUACAGACGUAUAAAAGCAGCAGCUGGCAAGUGGUUGUUCAGCUGUUGUGUCGUUUUUAUGGUUCUGAAUGAUGUUUUGUCUUUCAUCCAUCUAAACUGUACAAACUCUUUGAGCUACUGGAACAAAACUUGAGAAAGUUCAUGUGUUGAUCAUUGUACAAUAAAUAAACCCAUAUUUCACUUGUU